AUGGCAGACUCGGAUAAUGAGGGCUACCCUGGUUGGACAAUCGAGUCCGUCCAUGGUGCCUGGCCCGGAAGUAAGUGGAUGAAACCCAAUUUGGUUCUUAUCAAUGCUGGAUUGAACGACUGCAAUGCGGGCAGUGAUCCGAGUAAAGCGGGUGAGCGAACAAGAAGCCUAGUAGACGACAUUUUGAACAGCGUCCCUGGCGUGACACUAAUUGUGUCGACGCUCUUCAGAAACGCAGAUGCCACAAGAGAUGCUUGCACUGCAGACAUCAGCCGACAAAUCAAGGAUGUCGUGGCUGAGUUCAAGGGCGCCCCUAUUGGGCUCGCAGACGUACGAAACGUUAUGUCCUUAAGCGAUAUUGGACCGGAUAAAGACCAUCCAACCGAUGCUGGCUACAAGGUAUUCGCUGGAGUCUGGUGGGACGCUAUCAGCAAGAUCGAAGACCGUAUUCAAGAGCCAGGAAAAGUCAACACCAUUGACGACGCGGCCGGUGGCGAGGCUAGACAGUGUAAGAAGGUUGCAGGUAAUGCUGGCUUGCAUGUUCAAUCCCAGAUGGGCAGCGGUCACGAUGAUGGCAACUACGUCCAUAAGAGCGUUGCACGUGGAGCUCUGCAGAGUGCCAGGAUCGAUAAGGGCGACGAUCCCAAGUCGAUCAAGGAUGCUAUUCCCUGGCAUAUCUUCUUUGCCAACAUCGACAAGAAUGCGUACUGGUUCCGCCAAAACCUGGGAGGUGGCAAGUUCGGCAAGGCGGUCCAGUCCAGCAUUGAUAUGAAUUGCGAUCUAGGUCCCCGCUACGCGUUUGCCGAUUUUGUACCAGGGUAUGUCACUGACGAUCCCAGGUGCUCUCGAAACGGUGGCUCAGACGACAGCCCUCAAUGGCAAGGCUUCAGCUCAGUCGAUGGUAUCCGUGGCACUGUCUUUAAUAUUCCCCAAGGAGACAAAGCUGGCAUACUUAUUGCUGAUUUGAAUGGAGAUUUCCGUAAUGAUGUCAUGUACGUUGGAGAUAACGGCAACGUCCGUACAUGGAUCAACAACAGAGAUACCGGCAAGGGUAUAGAGCAAAAGGACUAUUACGAUGUAGUCGUCUGGCAGAACCAGGGUGCCGGUGGAACCAAGCUCAAGGCUGAUGGUAACUAUUACUGUGACAUGCGCGGCUCUGGCAGCGAUGAAUACGUCUGGAUCUAUCAGGAUGGCCACGCGGCUGACAUCAAUGUGAACAUCCACUCGCCACCUGCAUGGGGUCACAGCACCACGAUCUCUCUGCAUGUUCCAGGUCCCAGAAACGGUAUUCACCUAGCUGACUGGACUGGCGAUGGAAAAUGCGAUGUCAUUGUACAAAAUAGGGCAAACGGCGACGUCACUAUCUUUCGAAAUCUGUAUGACGGCACCAGCAAUCGCAUCACUUUUGACAGUGGGUUGACCUAUGUUAGUUCUGGAUGUACCCAAGGCUGGGGUGUCGGCUUGAACGAUCUCAGCAUGAGAUUUCAUGAUAUUGAGGGUCGAGCCAACAUCCGGUUCGCAGACGUUGAGAACUCUGGCCGAGCAGACCUUCUGCAUGUUGACAAGUACACAGGAGCUGUCGACGUCUUUACAAACAAUGGUCACAAACCGCAAGGAGGGAGUUCGUUCUCAUGGACUAAACGUGGAACGCUUUACAACCCUAUCGAUCGCGGCGAGAACAUGCGGUUUACGAACCAAGGUGGACAGGGUCGCGCUGAUCUCGUCAAAGUUGAUCCCACAACGAACAAGGCCUUGUCCACCUCAGCGGAUCCUGGCCUACCUGUGACCGGUGGCGGUUCUGUAGUCAACCCACCAGAUGGUGAUUAUCCCAAGGUCCACGAUGGCUCCUGCGAAGGACCAGACUGUCAUGGAGGUGUUUGCACUGGCAUCUUGUGCUGCACUGGAAGCGACUGUGAAGGCAACGACGACGACGAUGGAGGUGGUGGCGGUGGUGGCAGAAAAAAGGGUGGUCGAUGGCGUCGCUUCCAGCGUCACUCUUGUACUGGACCUGACUGUGUCGACGGUAUAUGCGUGGGUCCCCAGUGCUUUAAAAGCCACGAUCAUAAUGGCGGCGGCUGUGAGGGCAACGGGUGUCCUCACGGUGGUGGAGGGGAGUCAGGAGGAGGAGCAUUCCCGGUGUCUACUGAGCAUUUUGUCAAGUCGCCAAAGACAAUCGCAAAGGAGUCUAACGUCUACACCUGGGAUCUACCCGCCCAUACCGACUUCAUCGAGUGCACGCAUCGGAACCAGGACCCUGGGCAAGGAAUCAACCAAGCAUAUUGCGUUUGCUCGGGAUCGACAUUCGCCGAGUCUGUCGCCACCAUUGUUACACCGUACAAUAGCUGCGGCUAUACUACCAUGCCAACAAAGACGAUCGACCCGAGCAACUCACUGCCUGUGUCAACCAACACAGCUGAAUGUAAGGUCUGCACCAGUCUGACAAACUGCGUACCCGAGCCGACUAGCGAUCCCAAUUUGCCCGCUAGUGAAGCGUGGAGCAUUACAUUUUAUAAGGUGCAACUCCCCCCUCAAAUAUCUCCUUGCAAUCCGCUCCACAAGAAGAGGCUGUCUAACGCUUCCGUACAGAACCAGUGUAGGGAUAACAUGGCGCUGGGAGAACAGAAAGGCAGAGGUGAAAGAACCUGCCGUAAGAUUGAAGAGGAUGUCGAUUGCUUCAAUGGCUCGACUAACCAGUUUUCACGGGAUCUUCAUGUCUGCGGUUAUAUGACGGACGAUUGCACUGCCGAACGAGAUGAUCAGAUAGCGAGCAUUGGCCCCAUGAGUGGCCCAGAUAACGGUCAUGCUAUCAUCUGGACAGACGAGUCAGUUCAGAAGAUCCGCUCUUGGAAGGUUAUGCAUGGCGACUGCUCUAAGAACUAA